UGUAUACUAAACCCAAAAGCAUCCUCCUUUCCACCAAAAAGUAAAACCACUAGAAUAGAUUGAUGGACAGACUGACCUGGUCUUUUUUUUUCUUGAUCAACUUUCUCUUCUUUACAACACAUACACAAAAUAACCGAAAGAAGUUUAUUGCAAGAUGUUCACAUUGAUGUUACAAAGAGAUCAAAAACAUGGCUCACAAAGCUAAUUUAGUGAUUAUUGGAGUGUGUGUUGGUGUGGCUGUUGGCAUUUUUCUAGCAUCACUUGCAUUUUUUGGCAUUCGAUGGUACAGAAGACGCGCUCAUCUCCGAAAGUGUGCAAAUGACCAUGGACUUGACCAUGGUGCACAGACUCUUCCUAUACGCCAAAAUGGCGUGGAUACAAGUAGCAUAUUAAGUGAAUCUUACUCCAACUCUGUCACCGUUAAAGUAUCAACUUAUCCUGUAAAAACUCCCCCGCUCUCUAAAUGGAACAAAAACAUCAAAGAACCAUUAGCUACAGCAUCUGGCUUACCAAGAUACUCUUACAAGGACAUACAAAAAGCUACAAAAAAUUUUACAACCAUUUUGGGACAAGGUUCUUUUGGUCCAGUAUAUAAAGCUACAAUGCCUGCUGGCGAAGUUGUUGCUGUGAAGGCUCUUGCUUCUGAUUCCAAACAAGGGGAGAAGGAAUUUCAAACCGAGGUAUCUCUUCUGGGAAGGUUACACCAUAGGAACUUAGUGAAUCUUGUCGGGUAUUGCGUGGAUAAAGGACAACGCAUGUUAAUAUAUGAAUACAUGAGCAACGGAAGCUUGGCAAGUUUUAUAUAUAAACCAGAUUUAGGUACAGAAAAGCACGCCUUAGAUUGGCAAGAAAGGCUUCAAAUCGCACUUGAUAUCUCACAUGGAAUAGAGUAUCUUCAUGAUGGGGCUGUUCCACCCGUCAUACAUCGAGACUUGAAGUCUGCAAAUAUAUUGCUUGACCACUUAAUGAGAGCCAAGGUAGCUGAUUUUGGUCUGUCAAAAGAAGAGGUGUAUGAUGGCCGAAACUCAAGUCUUAAAGGUACAUACGGGUACAUUGAUCCUAUGUAUAUAUCCACAAACCAGUUCACAAUGAAGAGCGACAUCUACAGUUUCGGGAUCAUCCUAUUUGAACUCAUAACAGCCAUCCACCCACAACAAAAUCUCAUGGAAUAUGUCAAUCUAGCAGCAAUGAGUUCAGAUGGGAUUGAUGAAAUACUGGACAAGGAGCUUGUGGGUGAGUGUGAUCCUGAAGAUGUGAGAAGCUUAGCACAAAUAGCGCACAGAUGCUUGCACAAAACACCAAGAAAACGGCCUUCAAUUGGGGAAGUUACACUAGCUAUAAUGAGGAUAAAACAAAGACGACUAGUUAGGGAAGAUAGUACAAUGUUUACAGGUGAAGAUUUCUCGGGGGUCAUUGGGUGCAUUGAAUUGCAGCAAAAUCAGUUAAAGAAGAUGACCAGCAUAGCUGAAUCCUGAAAGAUUCAAACCUGUUAUUGUAACAGUAAUUUUUGAUUGAAAAGACUGUAUACUUGCAUAGAAAAAUAAAUAGAUUUGCCUUCUUCUCUA